AUGAAACGACGAGGUGAUCCAAUCAAAUUUGUAUGCGUUCUAGUGUCUUCUGUUUUUGCUUUCGCUCUGUGUCUUUCAGUACUUAAACUUGACGAAAUACCAGUAGGAACUAGUAAUGCAAUUAAUUUAUCAGGAGUUAAGAAACUGAAAGUCAAUCCAACAGCAGCAGGAGGAAUUGGGAAGUUGGGCGAAGUGGUGAUCGGAAUGCUGCCUCAAGAUUUGGGGUUCACUUUAUUUUUGCCAUCUGAAAAAGCAUUCGAGCGGGACCUGGGUUUGGGCCCCAAUGAUUUGGUGAGCGAGAAUGGGAACGAUACAUAUGCAAUACUAACUCGAGUAAUGGGGUUUUCAGCUGUGCCGAGGGCGAUUAACUCGGAUGAUGUACAGUUGGGGAAGGAGAUUGAUUAUGAUUCUAUAUCGGGAUAUAUACUCUAUAUAUCGAAAGAUUCAGAUGGGUCAUUGAUAGUGAAUCGAAUUGCUUCUGAAAUGGUGGAUCUGAGAAGAGGGAAGAUAGUUGUACAUGUUAUGGAUGGGGUGAUAAUGGAUUCAGAAUUUGAGCACUCUGUACGACCUGGUUCCCAGGAGGAUAAUUGA